GCGAUGAUGAGAGUGGAGCUGCUGUACGGGUUGGCAGGACUGGUGGGCAGCUUGGUGUCGGGUCACCUGUUCCUGCUCUACAGCUCCAGCGUGGGGAACGGAACCAUCCUGCUGAUUGUGAGCACGCUGCUGCACCUCCUCUGCCUCCUCCAUUCCAUCUUCUUGCUGCAGGUGAAAGACGUGUCGAAGGUGGACCAGGAGGAGAACUAUCACCUCCUCUCCCACGCCUCCAGGAAUGCCUAUGUGUCCGAGUCCGCUGCGGAGAUCAACAAGGUGAACUUGGUUCUGCUGUUUGCAGCGGCCUUCCUGUAUGACUUCGCUGUGGGCGGAGCUGUGGAGAUCCUGGGUUCCUUUGUGCUGAAAUCGCCGCUCAGCUGGACCGCCACGCAGGUGGGCUAUGGGAACGCAGCAGGCUGUGUAAUUUUCCUCACCAGUUACCUCGGUGUCGCCGUAUUCCGGCGCUGCGUCGGCGAUGAAACUCUAAUCCUGAUCGGCAUGCUGUCGUUUGCAUCCGGCAUCUACUUCAUGACCUUUGUCAAGACAACGGCCACGUUCUACGCUGCUCGUUCCUUGAACCUGUUUGCUCUCAUCCCGCUGCCAACGAUCAGAUCUCUGAUUUCUCAGCAGGUUCCUGCAUCCUCCUGUGGCAUGAUGCUCACCGGCCUGCAGAUCACUCUGAAAGCUGCCAGCAUGUCCUACAUCCCUGCUUUCACCAGGAUCUACCAGAACACCCUGGACUGGCUCCCAGGCUUCGUCUUCCUGCUGUCCAGCAUCUUCACAGUACUCGCCAUGAUACCAGUCAGCAUUGUGGGCUGCAGAACUGCUAAGAAGCAACUGUACAUGAGGAUUCAGGGAGACUGAAGCACUGCAUUGAUGGCCAGUUCAUAUUUGCACAAGGAAAAUAGGAACUGAAAACACAAAGUGUGACUUCCUCUAUUUUGUUAAAGCUGCAGCUGCAGGGACAGGCUGCUGGACCUGACCUYUUACGGUACAAAAUACAAACCAAAGUUUUCCUAGUCUAUGAUAUUUUGGUAACGCUUUCUUUUACGGUACCCGUAUUACCGUGUAAUUACAAG